AGAAACAAGAUGACACUCUGGGAGUGGACCUCUUAUUUGGUUACUGGGCCAUGACUGAUAUGGGCUCAAAAACCAGAAAUGAGAAAGGUCCAAUUUCUACGAGCUUCAAUGGCUCGAAAGCCUUGGCUCCAGAGAAGGGAAGAGCAAAAACCCCAGGAAAAAAAAAAAAAAAUCUAGCUUUUUCUACUUGUUUCGCCGGACAGCCACAGACAGCGCCGUUACUUCGUGUUGAGCCAUAUUUAAUGUGCCUUUUGUCUUUUGUUGAUCAUUGUAAGGGAAAGAGAAACCGAAUUUGCUGUUCUUUUACAAGUGCAGUGAAUGAAUUGACAAUGAGUACGGAGACGCAGAAAAAACCCGGACCUCCUCAAAUUGUCAGAUUGGACAAGGCACUGAAAUUGGCUGAAGAAUGGGUUAACAACAUGACUAAAGGCACAGAGGAGGAAACAACAAAUGUAGAACCAGAGGGGCGUCCUUCUAAACUUGGACUUGGCGCCAAAGUUGUCCAACGAUCCAAUGUUGGACCGUUAAAUGAUCCAGUUGAAAGAAAAUUACAUGCCAAGUUGGAAGCCGAGAAAAGAAAAGCUGCUAAAAGUUUUGAAGAGUCUCUCCCAUCUACAAUAGAAGGAGGCAAUGGCAAUGGCAUUGAUCACGAUGACAGCGAUGGUGAAUCAGAAAGCAGAACUAAUGCAUUUGCUAAGAAGAGAGCGGUUCCUCCGGCCCCAACUUCAUCUUUACGGGUAAAGAAGAAACACAAGUAACUUGUCGUUUGUCCUCGGAGAAAACAUUCCACUACAUCCCACACCACAUAAUCUUGGUGAUCAUCCAUUGCGCCAAAUUUCUGACAUAUGGCCGUUGUGGACGGUUCUAGGAGUGCCCUUUAAGUCCGGUGCUGAAUGGAUUGAUGGACAGGUGAGUGUCGGAGAGCGCGAGUAAUUCUUUCUUGUACUCUCGAGAAUGCGGGAUAAAGCUUCUACAACUUUGUCUGUAAUAAGACGCCUCCAAGGUGACGUGGCUUAUUCUGGUGAAAGGACGUGUAGUCGUCACGCUGAAGCGUCGCUUCUUUUUAUUUGGCAACCUCCGAAAAUUAUUAAGGAAAUAUUAAACAAUUGACAGAAAUGACCAUAUU